CUUAGUUGAAGCGUUACUUAAACUCUCUCUCGCUGCUUUCUCUUCCUCCAGUGAGUGAACUCAGUUCUCCUGGGACUGAUGCUAAUGGCUUCAUAGUCUAGUGAUGGCGUAGUAUAAUGCUUCUAGGUGGUUCCUGGGUGCACCUAAAACAUUUUUCUUUAGAUAAACUACUUCAUCGGGAGAUGGGAACUGUGAGAUUUUACAUACUGCUGCUCCUGUUGUUGUUUGGGUCCAUCCACAGAGGGAUAUCUCAGUUUCCUGAGUGGAAUGGAGAGCUGGAAGGUAGUGGUGAGAUAGAAUUGAUUUCCCAGCCGAAUUUCAUAGAUGACACAUACUGGUCUGGGUCAGCCCCGCUUUGUUUAGGAGGUUGUAAAGCGCGGCACCGGGAGCUGAGGAGAGAUCGCUGUGGAGACUCUAGCUGCUGCUGGCUUGGCUACAAAUCCUUGUGCAGAGUGAACUGUGGAAGGCCAGGUGUGGACUACAAUGGAGUAGUGUAUGGUAAUGACUGGUGGGUGGGAUCUGUGGUGAGAUACACCUGCCGCUCAGGAUUCAGGCUUAUUGGAAACUCUACCAGAUCAUGUCAGCCUAAUGGCCUCUGGACUCCAAAACCUAUCUGCCUACGAAUGUGUAAGCAGGGGCAGAUUGAAAUCAGCGAGAGUGAACUGAGUGGGACAUGCAACUCCACCUGCAUGGGUAAGAGCUACUUCGGCCCACCCAAACGAGGCUGCACUCAGAUAGACAACUGCAGGAAGAAGGAGACCGGCUGGAAACGGUUCUUUGCACAAUGUGUCCCUUGCAUUUGUGACUGCGCUUUCUCGUGUGUGUCUGCAGGCUAAAACACAGAGAACGCAUGCUUACAGUGCAACAAGGCUGCAGACAAAGAGGAGACACAAGACCGGCUGUAGACCAAAGAGUCACGCUGCAUUUCUGCUGCUUCAUCCAAUUUUAAGAACAAAUCUGGGUGUUUAAGGACAAUAAUUUAAUCUCUCUGGCACACACUCCAACCCUGGCUGCCUGCUUUCUGUAUGUAAAGGAUUACAUGGCAAGAACAAAUCCUUCUGGCACGCCAGUGUUAAGUCACUCUUUAGGAUGCAAAGCGGCGAGAGGGUCAGAAAACAAAAGGGAGGACAAAUUUAGUGAGAGGUUUAGA